AUGCUUUGGGCUUCAAACCUCCGCCGGAUUUCAUGCCAGUUAUAUGUCUCACUGGAGGGUGUGGAUCAGGAAAAGGUUGACGCAGUAUUUAAGGAGAUGUCUGUUGAUGUGAAAUUUCAUGAUGUCGAAGGCAAGAACUAUCGAUGUGCUAUUCCCAAAUUGAACAAGGAAAUAGUGCCUGAAAAAUUGAAGGUUACAGUUAAGCCGAACAAAGUAAUCAUCACAUUGCACAAAGCUUCCAAGGGCAAUUGGAUGGAUUUGCACUUCAAAGAGGAUAAGCUAAAACCAAGUAUGGACAAAGAAAAAGAUCCCAUGGCAGGAAUAAUGGAUCUAAUGAAAAACAUGUAUGAAGAAGGUGAUGAUGAAAUGAAGAAGACCAUUGCGAAAGCGUGGACAGAUGCAAGAUCUGGCAAAGCUGCGGAUCCUAUGUCAAGCUUCCGUUGAGUGGUCUCCUAGUUGCUUGCCUGGUCCUUCUGUUAAAAUCUAAUCUGAAGUUGGCGAUAUUUUUGCUUUUCUUUUUCCUCAUGGAAGGCAAUAAAAAAAAAAAAUCUCAUCUUGAGCAAACCUGAGGCAGAUCUCAGUUGUCCACCGUUGUGGCAUUUCCCAGUAGACAGGAAGAAAUUACCUCAAAAAUGGUUCGCUUGCAUAAAAAUGAAUAAUGCACUCAACUGGGAGAAACAAUACGUCAAAAAUAAUGAAGAAAGGGUUGUUGCAGAAACGAGGAAAUAAUGAAUAAUGCACUCAACUUGGGAAUGUAAAACUGCUUCUAAGAUGCAACGAUACAUAUACUCAGAACUGAUCUAAUAUGCAGAGAUUAAACGAAUGGAUUGAGCAAGGAAAACGUAAUCCCAAUAAAUGAACAAUGACCGCUGCACAUAAUCCCGAAUACCCUACUAAGAAAAUCAAAACGCAAAUCCCCACCUCCAAAGCACCGGUAAAUCAGACAACCCAUGGCAAGAGAAACAGGGAGACAACGAAAGCAAGAGAGACGGGGAGACAACGAGGAGCAAGAAAAGAGAGACAGAGAAAAAAAAUUUGGGCGUUCCUUGGGCGGAACGACGAUGUGGCGUUGACGAACCUCCAAAUAUAUCGCAAGAGAGAAAGGGAGAAAACGAGAGCAACAGACAGAGAAAAAAAAUUUGGGCGUUUCUUGAGCAGAGGGAGACAA